AUGAUUGUCGGCGAACCAAGCGAUUCUCACGAAAACAAACGAGUAAAAAUCACGACGGCCUGUGACACUUGUCGUCGGCAAAAAGCUAAAUGCAAUGGUACUUCUCCAUGUGACAAUUGUGAAAGAGGAGGAUAUCAAUGUAUAUUUGACAUUUCGACGAAACGACCUAGAGGACCACCUAAAGGAUUUCUUGUGGAUAUAGGAGAAAAACUACACUCCAUAGAAUCUUUGGUUAAGGAAAUAAAACAAGAACAAUCAAACAAGGAGACGGGUAUUCGUCGAAAAUAUAAUAACACCAACAAUACACAUCCAUUUACACCUAACACUCCACCAGUUGAUGGGAAUUCUCUAUUAGAACCACAAGAGUCUUUUGGCGAUGACCUUGGUAGUGAUGAUGAAGAGGAUGUUCAAAAGAAUUUAACAGGUUUCACUGACAAUAAUUAUCAGGAUAGCACUCUACCACAGCAGCCUGGCUCAUACUCAGAGCCAGAGAUACCAAGUUCUUUACCACAAAUUACUCCUCCGCCACAAAAUAUCGUGAAUCAACUCUUGGAAAAGUUUUUCACGCAUUUUCAUCCGUUCUUUCCGAUAAUAGAUCGAACACAACUUUACCAGCAAUUGCAAAGUACUGAUAAUCAGCCAUCACCGUUACUCAUGAAUGCUAUUUACGCUGUUGGCGCUUCAUAUCUACCAAUAUUACAGGACUCUUAUAGUUUAACGACAUUCUAUGAACUUGCAAAAAAUUUGUUGGAUUAUUUCCUCGAUACUCCAAGACUAUCUACAGUGCAAGCCUUGAUCUUGCUAUGCAUGGUCGAUCAAGGAAAAACAUCGUCUUAUCGACCGCAAUCUUAUUGUUUCAUGGCUAUUCACAUGGCUCAAAGUAUGAGACUUCAUCGAAAAAACGGUGCUAUCUAUAAGAGUAAUAAUAAACAUACCAAGAAAUUAGUGUGGUGGUCUUGCUUUAUCCUCGAUCGAUUACACAGUCUAUCAACAGGAGAUCCCUUGACAAUUAAUGAAGAAAUUUGUGAUAUUGAACUUCCAUCAGCAGAUGAAGUAGAUGACCAAUCACAUGCACAAACUGUUACGAUAUUUGUGCAUUUUAUUCGAUUAACGCAGUUAAUGGGACAGAUAAUCAGUUACCUUCAGAUGACAGCAUACACAAGCAUUCCAACAAUAACUUGGGCUCAUCAUAAUAUGAUAUCUCGUUAUGAAGCUAUGCUUAUAAGCUAUGCACGUGAAUUACCAUGUCUGCAACGCCCACUUGCAGAUCAUAGUAUUCCAUUUGCUGGUCAAAUCGCAGCUCUCCACAUGCACUAUUAUACUCUGAAGAUUAUGCUACAUUAUCCUUACCUUAUUUCAUAUCACUCACGAUCGACUGGCUCACGAAAUUCGGAAACUUAUCUCAGAUCUUUGAAUGCGUGCAUCACCGCAGCUAACACAAUUUUACGCAUUGGUGUUGUAUCAUUAAAUAAUGUAUAUGUAUGCAUAACAUAUCCAACCAUGUUUCAUUGCCUGGCGCAAGCGGCGAAAGUCUAUGUUACCAAUAUUACUUCUGCAGAUAGAGGUUUAGCCGGCCAUGCUUAUAAGAACAUUCAUAAGAUAAUUGAUGUUGCUCGAUUCUAUGCUGGACAUGGAGUAAUGUCAGAGUUAGCCAAUCAAACGAUUGAAAAAUUGGAAAGUGUUUUGAUAACACACCGAGAUCAAUCCAUGGAAACAGUUAUCCUUUCAUCAACCACUACUAUUGUGCCCUCAAAUAUACCUCACACUACAAUGUUUGCAUCACCUUUAGCUGAUCAUUCUCCUUCGACACUUACAAUUCCCAACAACUCUUUCAGUCUAUACUCUUCGCCUGCGUCAACACAUUUGAGCAGUCCCAUAACAGAUCCUGGUUCUCGAUCUUCUAGCAUUCAUCAUACGUCCACGUUCACUUAUGUUCAACAACCCCCAUAUACACAACCAACUACUCGGGCCUUUCUUCCAGACACAGUUACCUCUUCAGCCUUCGGAUCGGAUGAAAUUUUCGACCCGACCGUUUCUUCAACUAAUACGAUGGCUGCGUUUAAUUUAGGCCAAGGAGAUAAUCCAUACUGGAAUAUGUAUAUGAAUGUCCCUGGAUCUCAAACUAAUUUUGUUGGAUUCAAUAAUACUUAUAAAUUGGCAAAUUCUGGUUCAUCAUCUGCGAGUGUCUAUCCAUCACUACAACAUAUACAGUAUCAUCUUGCUUCACCUCAGUUAUCAAAUGCCAUCCCCUCAUCUUCUUUGGCGUCAUCCACUUCCUCUGAACACCAUCCUGGUCAAAAAGAUACUUAA